AUGUUUACGUGGAUUCGGAUAUUUGAAAUUGUUUUGUUCAGUGCGGCGGUGGGCCCCGGGAGUGGCUCCCACCAUACUACCUGCGAAGAAUUCGAACAAGGGGCAUACUUUAAUCCCUAUGAAGUUGUCGAUAGUAUGUGGAAAAUUUUCUACAAUUGGGCGAACACCACCGAACUGUAUCCCAUUGUAUUCUCUUUGCCAUUGAAAAAGAAACUAGAUACCUUUAGAGAAUUGGUGGACGCAGCAGCGCCAUACUUCGGGGUUGAAUGGCAUCGAUCUACGCUAUUCAUGGAGCCGCGCCCUGGACUAACUAUAUUGUUCCUCUACGCUGGCACCCCGGGUGCCUUCAGGGCUCUUAUCAGGAAGGAUCGCCGCUCUAAGAUACAACCGCAUCCACUACCGCUGAUCAAACUAGCUGACAUCCGUCUGAAGAUGGUGGGGCGCCUCAUAGGGAUGAUGUGCUGCGAAGACCACACGGCUUACGCCCUCAUCAGAAUAGAUGAGAUGCCAGAAACAGAGGACGAAUGCGAACAACUGGCGGCCAAAAUAGGUUAUAAUGCACCUGGUGGUCGAUCGUACUUGUAUGUUAAAAACCUUCAUGAAGAACUGUGAUAGAAAUAAGUAUUUUAUUUGACUACUGAUACGUCCAUAUCCACAAUUUUAUUACUAACUUUUGUACUUUUAUGAUCGGAACAUAAAAUCGUGUGUUCGUUCUGAAACAAUUAAGUAUUUUUAAAAGACCAACCAAGCAUUAAAUCUCAUAACAGAAUUCAGCAUAAUUUAAUAGAAUAAACCAUUAGCACAACGUAAUUUGUACUUGUUUUGGGAAACAUAAAACUAAACUACAUUGUCAGCGAUAUUUACUCGUAUGUUUUCA